AUGACGAGAAGGCGGGUGUUUGAGAGCACAGAAGGGCAACAUCCUUGCCAAUCCGAGAUGAAAAACAAUGUGUUUUUUCGUCGGAAAGUUCGGCCUUUUCCAGAGCUCUUGAGGCCGAGCCGUCGGCUUUAUGGGGUUUUGAUGCUUCUGUGUUUUCUUUCCCUGCUUGCAAAGUUUGCCUUGCUAAGUACAUUUCAUGAUUUGAAUGUGGGGGAGAAUCGUUUUCGAACCAGGGUUAAAGGUGUGUCAGCCGUUACAAAUUAUGAUGUUGUGAUUGAGGAAGAGGACGUGGGUGCUACAAGUACGAGGAUAUUGUCGCCGGAGAAGUUCCCGAUUCCUGAAAUUUGGAUGCAGCCAGAUAGUGGCGACUACUAUAAAUGCAUCAACCAUUCGGCCAAAGAAAGAAGGAGUAGAGGUGCCACAAACGGGUACAUUAUAGUACAUUCAAACGGGGGAUUGAAUCAAAUGAAAACUGGGAUAAGUGACAUGGUUGCCGUGGCAAAGAUUAUGAAUGCCACUCUGGUUUUUCCUUAUUUAGAUCAUAGCUCUUUCUGGACAGAUCCAAGCGACUUCAAAGACAUUUUCAACUGGAAGAAUUUCAAGGAAGUUUUGAAAGAUGAGAUUGAUGUUGUAGAGUCUCUUCCAAGACAGUUUGCAAAAGUGAAGGCCGCCACCAAGGCCCCAGUUUCUUGGUCGAAGCCCAGUUACUAUAGAGGGGAGAUGGUUUCAUUACUAAAGCAGCAUAAGGUGCUCAAAUUUACCCGUACCGAUUCUCGCCUCGUUAACAAUGGUCUUGCCGCUUCGAUCCAAAUGCUCCGCUGCCGUGCCAUGUAUGAGGCUCUCAGGUUCACGCCCGAAAUCGAAGCUCUCGGAAAAAAGUUGGUCAACAGGCUUAGGAAUGGUAGUAACCCAUAUAUUGCACUUCAUUUAAGAUAUGAAGAGGACAUGCUUGCUUUCACAGGCUGCGAUCACAAUCUCACAGAAGCCGAGUCAGAGAAGCUCGAGAAACUGAGGUACAGCGUGUCGCAUUGGAAGGUGAAAGAGAUUGACGGCGGGGAGCGGCGAUUACAAGGAGGAUGCCCCAUGACACCGAGAGAGGUUGCCGUGUUCCUUGAGACAAUUGGGUAUCCUUCCGACACAAAAAUUUACAUAGUCGCCGGGGAGAUUUAUGGUCAAAAUGGGAUUGAGCCACUGAAAGAAAAGUAUCCGUUGAUUUUCUCCCACUUCAAUUUAGCUACAGAGGAGGAGAUAAAACCUUUUAAACACUGCCAGAAUCGGCUUGCUGCCUUGGACUAUAUUGUGGCUCUAGAAAGUGACGUUUUUGUCUACACCUACGAUGGAAAUAUGGCUAAGGCAGUCCAGGGUCACCGGAGAUUUGAAGGUUUCCGGAAAACCAUCAGCCCUGACAAACAAAAUUUUGUGAUGUUGAUUGAUAAAUUGGACAAGGGGGUGAUAUCAUGGGAAACAUUUUCAUCAAAGGUGAAGAGCUUACAUAAAAAUAGGAUUGGAGGGCCAUAUCCUAGGCUUCCAGGAGUUUCCCAUAAGCUAGAGGAGAGUUUCUAUGCAAAUCCUUUUCCUGGUUGCAUUUGUGACAAGUCCGAAAUUGCAGAGAGAGAGAGGAACCAGAAAGUAGACCCAACACACAGCCGAAACUCACGUUUGAGAAGCUAG